UAGUAUCCAUAUGACCAUAGCUAGUAACUGUUACCUUGGUUAGCUUAGCUAAAACAUAAACUAACGGCUUGUGUUGAUGUACGUCAUCAAGCCUCGACACACGCUUGAAAGCCGCGACCCGGAAGGACGCAUCACUACUGUUAGCCACUAUUAGCUUAGCUAAAACGUAAACUAGCAUAAAAAGACGAUAUUGUCAUUGUUCCGUGUUAAACAGUCAGAUAGUUUAGAUUAAACUCUUAUAAUCUGAACCGAGCUGGUGUGGAAAUGCGUCGCAGAGGAGUCGGAGCCGGAGCUGUGGCGAAGAAGAAGCUAGCGGAGGCCAAAUACAAAGAAAGAGGAAACGUUCUGGCAGAAGAUCAGAUUGUUCAGAUGUCCAAACAGCUGGAGACGUUUAAGUCCAACCUGGAGGAGUUCGCCAGCAAACACAAGGAGGAAAUUCGAAAGAGCUCCCAGUUCAGGCUUCAGUUCCAGGAAAUGUGUGCGACCAUCGGAGUCGACCCGCUGGCCUCCGGGAAAGGCUUUUGGUCGGAGAUGCUCGGCGUCGGUGACUUCUACUACGAGCUCGGUGUUCAGAUUAUUGAAGUGUGCCUGGCGCUGAAACACAGAAAUGGAGGACUCAUCACUUUGAACGAACUCCAUCAGAGAGUACUGAGCGGAAGAGGAAAAUACGCUCAGGAUGUGAGCCAAGACGACUUGAUGAGAGCGAUCAAGAAACUGAAGGUGAUGGGGAAUGGUUUUGGGAUGAUUCCUGUCGGUGGGUCCUACCUGGUGCAGUCGGUUCCAGCUGAGCUCAACAUGGAUCAUACUGUGGUUCUGCAGCUGGCCGAGAAAAAGGGAUUCGUCACAGUGAGUGAGAUCAAGGAAGGUCUCAAAUGGGAGAAGGAACGAGCUUGUCACGUCCUGGAUCACCUGCUGAAGGAGAGUUUGGCCUGGGUGGACUCUCAGGCAGCCGGGGAGUCACAGUACUGGUUUCCUGCUCUCUUCUCCGAGCUCGCAUCCCGGGACGUCACACCAGAGGAGGCCAAUCAGAUGACACCUUGAGAAAGAGCUGGGCUGGACCCUGGACCGGACCCUGGACCGGUGACAGUUUCAGACACGUUGGGAAACACAAGGUGGAGUGAAGGGUCAUGUGAUGGACUUGGCUGUUUCCCUGGAGCUGGCAGCGAACUCUGGACACGAGGAAGGAAAACUCCUCCUCAGGUUCUCAUCGACAACAAGUGCACUGAGGUUAUUACUGAGUCACCGAAAUCAGCUUGAGUUGUGUUCCACUGCAUUGAAAUCCACUGUAACAUCUCCUCUUGUAGUCAUGUUUUUUUCUUAACUGUGUUUUAACUGUUGAUAUUUGCACAUAGAAACUUUUACUUUGACAGAAAACACAACAACAGCUUUAUUGCACAAGUUGAACCCUAAUUUUUAUUAAAUCAACUGGACCAUUUUACAUGUGCUUGUGGUCGUUGGCACAAACUCCCCCCGGUUCGAUUGUAACGACAUCAACAAUUCAUCCUGUCAAGUUUAUUUAAAACAAAUAAAACAAUAAAAUAAACCAUUGAAUCAAUAGAAGUGAUCACAGACAUUAAUUCUGAGUUACCAAGUGCACAGCUUCAAUGGAAAUGAAUAAUUGUGAUAAAUAUAUUUCAUCUUCUUUCAGAUCACAUGAUUUACUUGUGUA